UAUUUGAUUUCCUCGCCCUCGCCCUCGCCCUCCUCCCUGCCUCCGCCGCCACCGCCCCGCCUCCACGCCUGCCCUUCCUCCCUCCCUCCACCCCACGCGCCCGCGCGUCGCCGAUCGGGUCCCCGGCUGCGCGCUCCCUCCGCCGUUCCACCGCCGUGGACCGAGGCCUCCCGCUCCGCUCAGGCCGUACUCCGCGGGGGUCGCGACUCCGCGUCCAGCAACAGUCAAUAUGUCACUUGACGUUACUCAAGUUCUCUUAAGUGCGCAAUCUGCUGAUGGUGCAAUUAGGAAGCAUGCUGAAGAAAGUCUUAAGCAGUUCCAGGAGCAGAACCUCCCUGGAUUCUUGCUUUCCCUCUCAAGCGAGUUGGCCAAUGAAGAGAAACCUGAGGAGAGCCGAAGGUUAGCUGGCUUGAUUCUUAAGAAUGCACUGGAUGCAAAGGAGCAGCACAGGAAGAAUGAGCUUUUCCAGAGAUGGCUGGCACUGGAUGCUGGUGCCAAGGCACAAAUUAAAGGAUUGUUGCUGCAAACUCUCACAUCUCCUGUUGCAAGUGCCAGAUCCACUGCUUCCCAAGUUAUUGCCAAGGUUGCUGGUAUUGAGAUUCCGCAGAAGCAAUGGCCAGAGCUUAUAGGAUCAUUGCUUAUAAACAUACAUCAGGUCCAGCCAAAUGUCAAGCAAGCAACGCUUGAGACUCUUGGCUAUUUAUGUGAGGAAGUUUCUCCAGAUGCUGUAGACCAAGACCAAGUCAAUAAAAUACUUACAGCUGUUGUUCAGGGUAUGAAUGCUUCUGAGGCAAACUCUGAUGUGAGGCUUGCAGCUACACGGGCAUUGUAUAAUGCUUUGGGCUUUGCUCAGGUGAACUUCUCGAAUGACAUGGAGCGUGACUAUAUCAUGAGAGUAGUUUGUGAAGCGACGCAGUCUCCGGAGGUGAAGAUAAGGCAGGCUGCCUUUGAGUGUUUGGUGGCUAUAUCGUCUACUUACUAUGAUAAGCUGGCAACAUACAUGCAGGAUAUAUUUAAUAUAACUGCAAAAGCUGUGAGGGGAGAUGAGGAGUCAGUAGCACUCCAGGCUAUUGAAUUCUGGAGUUCCAUAUGUGAUGAGGAAAUUGACAUUCUGGAUGAGUACAGCAGUGAGUUUACAGCUGAUUCUGAUGUUCCUUGCUACUACUUUAUCAAGCAGGCUCUUCCUGCCUUAGUGCCGAUGUUGUUGGAAACUCUCCUCAAGCAAGAGGAAGACCAAGACUUGGAUGAAGGUGCUUGGAAUCUUGCAAUGGCUGGGGGAACUUGUUUGGGCCUGGUGGCAAGGACUGUUGGUGAUGACAUUGUUCCUCUUGUAAUGCCUUUCGUGGAGGAGAACAUAACCAAGUCUGAAUGGAGACAGAGAGAGGCUGCAACAUAUGCCUUUGGCUCUAUCUUGGAGGGCCCAUCAGCUGAUAAACUGGCUCCUCUUGUUAAUGUUGCAUUGGGCUUCAUGCUGUCUGCACUGACGAAGGAUCCCAGUAACCAUGUAAAGGACACAACUGCCUGGACACUUGGGAGAAUCUUUGAGUUCCUUCAUGGUUCAGCACUUGAAACUCCUCCUAUCAUCACGGCUGAGAAUUGUCAGCAAAUACUUACUGUGCUGCUUCACAGCAUGAAGGAUGUCCCAAAUGUGGCUGAAAAGGCAUGUGGAGCCCUCUAUUUCCUUGCACAAGGCUAUGUGGAUGCUGGAUCUGCAUCGCCAUUAUCCCCUUUCUUUCAAGAUAUUGUUCAGAACCUUCUUAUGGUCACUCACAGGGAGGAUGCUGGAGAAUCUCGGCUGCGAACAGCAGCAUAUGAGACCCUAAAUGAAGUUGUCAGGUGCUCCACUGAGGCAGCAGCCCCUAUUGUUAUGCAGUUAGUACCUGUGAUCAUGGUGGAGCUCCAUCAGACACUUGAAACUGAAAAGCUGUCAACUGAUGAGCGGGAGAAGAGGAGCGAACUGCAGGGCCUCCUUUGUGGUUGCUUGCAGGUCAUUAUCCAAAAGUUGGGAGGGAUGGAGUCAACUAAGUACUCUUUCUUGCAGUAUGCUGAUCAGAUGAUGGAUCUGUUUUUGAGAGUUUUUGCAUGUCGAAAUGCCACAGUGCACGAGGAGGCUAUGCUUGCUAUUGGAGCAUUGGCAUAUGCAGCUGGUCCAAACUUUGCAAAGUACAUGGCACAGUUUUAUCAGUAUUUGGAGAUGGGACUUCAGAACUUUGAGGAGUAUCAGGUGUGUGCCAUUACCGUGGGCGUUGUUGGUGAUCUCUGCAGAGCACUGGAAGACAAAAUUUUACCCUUCUGUGAUGGCAUCAUGACUCAGCUCCUGAAGGACCUGUCCAGUAACCAGUUGCACAGAUCUGUGAAGCCACCGAUAUUUUCUUGCUUUGGUGAUAUUGCACUGGCAAUUGGGGAAAACUUUGAGAAGUAUUUGAUCUAUGCGAUGCCUAUGCUGCAAAGUGCUGCUGAUUUGUCGGCCCAUACCACAGCAACUGAUGAUGAGAUGCUCGACUACACCAACCAGCUAAGGAAUGGAAUCUUGGAAGCCUACUCUGGUAUCCUGCAAGGAUUCAAGAGUUCACCUAAGACACAACUACUGAUGCCAUAUGCUCCACAUAUUAUUCAGUUCCUUGAUGCUCUGUACAAUGGAAAGGACAUGGAUGAUACUGUGAUGAAGACUGCAAUAGGUGUCUUGGGAGAUCUGGCUGACACAUUGGGUGUCCAUGCUGGCCCUUUGAUCAAUCAAUCCACCUCAAGCCAGGCAUUUUUAGAGGAAUGCUUGGCAUCAGAUGAUCCAUUGGUGAAAGAAUCUGCCGAUUGGGCAAGGAUAGCAAUCAGCCGUGCAGUUUCGGGUUGAUGCCACACUGAGUCUCGAGUCUGCACUUGCAUCCAUCCGCAUGUCAUCCUGUCUGGGUCGUUGAUUGCAUCAUGUCCAGACCUGCUCUUCGGAGAAGUCCAACAUCUUUACAGCAGAGUCGGAGGGUCCUCACUAACUCAUGCAUUCAGUACAUGUGUCAACCCGUGCUUCCCGCUUCUGCGAGAAAAGAGGGUUCAAGUUGGCCGCCUGCUAACUUUUGCUAAAGGCAUCUGCAACCUUCAUUUCUUAUUGGAGGUGAGAUGAGCUUCUAUUGUCACAUGACAUGCUGACAGUUUCCUCGGCAUGGCAUGCCUAAGAAUUGUGGCCUAUCAUUCCCCCCUGCAUUAAUCCCAUGCAUCGAACUCUGGUCGGAUGGUCACUUGGGACAAAAGGCCCAUUUGCUUGCUGCUGCUCCAGUAAGCAAGAUUGGGCUCGAACGCAUUGUCACAGGAUUAAUUUUUGUAUCGAUCAGGGUGGCCAAGUCCAUUUAUGUCAAGACAUACCCUCCCUGCUGGUAGUAGGUUGUUAAUUUCCUAGCAUUCUUUUCCCUUUGUCCAUUUGCAUUGUCUUUGCAUUUCAUUCAUGGUCGGUCUGUUUUGUAAGAGUUGUUCUGGGGCAAAACUUGUGUCCUGUCCUGUCUGCUACCGCGCGCUAUUUGUACAAGUCAAGUCUGUGCGUGCAUUGGUUUAUUUCCGGGGUGUUAUCGGAGCAGCAGGUGUUUGUGCAUUUUCACACCUUGUUUUUGGUAAUCUACAUACAUUGUUGCUCCA